UUUUUGAAAAUUUUACAAAAACAGAUAUAAAAAUUUUAAAUGAUCCGACGGCUAUAAUGAGUUCCCAGGCCGAUCUUCAUCAUCCUCUUUCACCCAGCAAAGGUCUCUCUCUCUCCCUCUCUCUCUCUCUCUAGAAUGGCAGUUUCUCUCCAUACAACCAGUUCUACCUCUUGUCUACACUCCCGAAGUGGAGUUCCUCAGCCUUCCCCCAGCUGUACGACCAAGGUUUUUAUGGGAUUGAAGCUUCAAUCUCCGAGUAGUUCGUUUGGCAUUGCAAAACCUAACUCGAAUGUUGAAUUCCACAAUAAAGUUCAUAAGAGCAUCCAAUCCAGGACUUGUGAUAGUAAACCAACACGAGCACGUAUUGGAAUGAUGCCCAUAGGUACACCAAGAGUGCCCUAUAGAACUCCUGGUGAGGGAACUUGGCAGUGGGUUGAUUUGUGGAAUGCCCUUUACCGUGAACGGGUUAUCUUCAUUGGGCAACAUAUAGAUGAAAAAUUUAGCAACCAAAUACUGGUAACAAUGUUGUACCUUGACAGUAUUGAUUCUUCCAAAAGGAUGUAUAUGUACAUCAAUGGUCCUGGUGGUGAUCUAACUCCAAGCAUGGCUGUCUAUGACACAAUGCAGAGCUUGAAAAGCCCUGUUGGAACCCAUUGUGUGGGCUAUGCCUAUAAUUUGGCAGGCUUUCUUGUUGCAGCUGGAGAAAAGGGUAAUCGCUUUGCAAUGCCUCUUUCAAGAAUUGCACUGCAAUCUCCAGCUGGGGCUGCUCGUGGUCAGGCUGAUGACAUUCGUAAUGAAGCAAAUGAGCUCCUCAGAAUCAGAGAUUACCUUUUUAAUGAGUUGCCUAACAAGACAGGCCAGCCUGCUGAGAAGAAAUAGCUGUUGGAAGAUAUUGGAAGAAACAAACCCAUAUGCCCAAAAAUCUAAUCAGGGAUUUAAGUAUCUCCCCUUUUGAAAGUCCGUCUCCUGUAUUCACUGAAAUGCCACCAACAUCUUCCCUUCCACAAAAAACCCAACCACCACAACUAAAAAUAACCAAACACCACAGACCCCACCAAAAAACUUACAAAACAACCACACUACCUACAAGAAAAAACCCAAGAACUACACCACAAACUCCACCCACACAACAAACACCAACCACACCUCCAACCACAACAAAAACAAACAAAAGAAAGCCAACAAAAAAACAAUAAGCUCCUCCAACCAAAAAAAGAAAGCUCCAAGAAAGCCAAUCAACUCCCAUAACAAAAACCAAGGCAUCAAAAGGGAAAAAAGCAGCAGUCCCUGCAAAGAGAGUCCAACAAUUUAAUUACCGUUCCAACAUCGGAACGGUAAUCAAACUGUUGAAGGGGGUCAAAUUCACAAAAGUCCAACAGACAGAGCUGCAAAAAAUCUCUUUUUGGCCCAUUAUAAAUGCUCUCUCCUCAACACAACUGAAGGCCUCUUGGUGCAGAUGCUACAAUUCCAUUGUAGCAGAAAUGACAACAAUCUACAACAAAAGAAAAAGAACAUUUAUGCUUGGCAAAAAGGAAAUGAAACUCAUAAACAGUGAUAUCAAGCUCAUUUUUUAUAUCGACUGUGAAGAAGACAGCAUCACCACCAAAUCUUAUGCAAGACCAAAGGAUUUUGAACUUCUAUUUUACAAACGAAGAUGCAAAUCAGUUAAGAGAUUGGAUGGCAAGUCUUUGACCAAAAUGUUUCAACAAACAACAAAAGGAAAAUCAACCAAUGAUCGUCAAGAUCUUGCAAGGGUCAUCACCCUUUACUUGUGCUUGA